CGACCACUAUCCUCCACAAAUGCUGCAAAUGGUGAACCUAGAAGUGCUCUUGGCAGAAGGAUUGGCUUCCUUUCCCGACGAGGGCGAACGUAGAACGCUAGCGGAAGCUUUGCUUGCUUACAUGCUGAAAUACUUGUUCCCAGAUUUUUUGAGUCCGGGAACGGGAACUCUUACGGCUCGUCGUGGGUCUCAUCAAUCGAGUGAAAUCAUGAGUUGGCUCGCUGGAGAAGAAAUGUCUGAAGGUGGAUUGACAAGAAUUGUGCCUGCCUCUUCAGGAAGAACAGGCCGCGCGGCUCUCAUCCCCAACUUCAUCACCAUAGGCUCUAGGGCGAGGUUGCUCUCCGCUCCAUCGUUAUCACUAAACGCGGCAUCUCUUUUUGCUGCGAGUGAGAUAAGCGCUGACGGCUCGAAGCAUUCUACGCCUGUAGAUACGGCAUUAGAAUGGCUUACCAGCAAUGUCACCAGCAUGGCUCGCGUUGUGGAUCAAGCCGCUUCAAAUGUCGACGAAAAUGGGGUACUGAGUGCUGGACGCACUUCUGGAAGCAAGUUGAAAUUGAUCGGCACCGGUUGCGCGGCUUCAGUUUAUGACACCAUUCCUGAGCAGGAAGACCUCCACUACAGAGGACCAGUUGUAAUGUCGCAGUCGGAGGAAGUCGAGCGGAAGUUUUUAGCUUUGCGCGAUUGGAUGUUGAACUCUAGACACGUUCCGAUCGUCGCUUCGCUUGUUUCACUGCUGGGAGGUAGUUUGGCGAAAACCCUGGAGUCGAAUUCCGUGGAACAGAUGGAAGACCUGCUAAUGAGCGAGAUCGUGGACGGGGAUCUCUGUGUCGUCGAACUCUUCGGUGCGAAGGCUCUGUUAGUUAAGGCUACUUAUAUAUAUUCUUAAAUAAUCUUAUCCAAGAAAGAACCCAUCUUCCCAUCAAGCAUCAAUCUGAAUCUUGCUCCCGUUUGCUUCUCAACUACGAGAACCAACAAGAUGCUCACCAAGGAAGAAGGUGGAGUUCUGGCACUAGGUCUAAACAAAGCACAACGGGAGAUGGCUCUACCAUGAGUGACUACAUUAGGUCGCAAAUGCAAGCAGGCCGAGCAGGAUUAUUGCCGAUGUAUCGUCAGAUGUGCAAGGACGAUGUGAAGCGUGAUCCUUCCCCAGUGCGUCAAAAACUCGUUAUGAAGUACCUUCUGGCAGCAGUAGGAUCAGGUUUGGUCCCAUGGUCGCAUCAGGUGGCGAAAGCCGCGAAGCAACUACACAACGACUUCGACGAGGACGCAGAAGCGGACACAGCAGCGAGGCAGGCUGAAGAGGAGAGAGAAAAGGAAAAAAAGGAAGAAAGUAAAAGGCGUAGGGAAAAAGCGAAGGAACUUAGACGAGAAAUACAACAAAGACAGCAGAUGGCGAUGCAGGCGAAUGAGGGACAACAAGGAGCAGAAAGAGGAGAUGAGGGUGCACCAGAUGAACCUCAGCCUAUGGAGGUAGAUCCCGAAGAAGUUCCUGAGGAGCGAGAAACGCCACUCCCACCUCCCGAUCACCGUCCUCAUUUUGGUGGUAUUCGUAAGGCUGUAGCGUUGUUAGCGCAAAGUAUGGUAACACAACGUGAAGGUCUCUUGGCAUCUAUCAAGCAUAAACUGGCUGCAAUUGGAACCCAAACCGCAAAGGUGUGGGAGCUUUAUUCCCUACGAGUACGAACUAG